UCUUCCUUGCUGGUCACACAGACCUUUUUUCUCAGCAGCGAGCACUCACUUCCUCCUCUGAGUAAUAAGAGCAGCUUCACACAGACCAGUGUGUCUGUCAGAGCAGCUGACUGAAUGACUGACUGACUGUGUGCAGCUCUCACACACACAACACCCGAAUUUCAAGAGGGACUCGCGCUCCAAAUCCACGGCGCGCUGAAUGUUGACAGAGGUCUCCUUCUGGCACCUGUCAAUUGUUCCAAAACACAGUCUGUCACUGUGGCGACACGGAUGAGCCAGAAUAAGGAGGCGAGGAGGAUUCCCCUGAUAAACAGUCCCUACAAGACAGAGGAGAGGAAAGACACACUCAGUGUUCACGAUGGACCACCAGCAGCAGCAUGCCAAAGUGGAGCGAUUUCUCAAGUUAGGAUACUCUCACACUGACAUCCUGAGGGUCCUGGAGAGCCUCCGCCAUGAUGCCCAGACCAAUGACAUCUUGGAGGAGCUGAUAAAGACCUGCCAGACUCGCACUUACAACGAAAUAAGUGACCCCAACAGUCCCAAGCUGGUGUCCAGAGGCUGCAGCCCCAGUCCCAGUCAGCCCAGACCCGGAGCAGACCGAGAGCCAGCAGCUGGCUUCAGACCUGUGGUUAUCGACGGAAGCAAUGUGGCCAUGAGCCAUGGUGACAAGAAGGUGUUUUCGUGUCAGGGUCUCCAGCUGGCAGUGAGCUGGUUCUGGGACAAAGGGCUCCGGGACAUCACGGUGUUCGUUCCUCUGUGGAGGAAGGAACAGCCGCGACCAGAUGCACCCAUCACAGGUCAGCACAUUCUCCAUGAGCUGGAGAGAAGGAAGAUCCUAGUCUACACACCGUCUCGCUGCGUAAACGGAAAGAGGGUGGUCUGCUACGAUGAUCGCUUCAUUGUCAAGCUGGCCUUUGACUCAGACGGCAUUAUCGUGUCCAAUGACAACUACCGUGACCUGCAGACAGAGAAUCCCGAGUGGAAGAAGUUUAUAGAGGAGAGGCUGCUGAUGUACACCUUCGCCAACGACAAGUUCAUGCCUCCAUACGAUCCUCUGGGCAGAAACGGUCCCACCAUUGAUGACUUUCUACAGAAGAAGCCCAAGACCCCAGACAACAAGCUGCAGCACUGUCCAUACGGAAAGAAGUGUACUUAUGGAGUGAAGUGCAAGUUCUACCACCCAGAGAGGGUCAACCAAUCACAGCUGCCGGUGGCCGAUGAGCUGAGGGCGCUGAGAGACAGAGCCAAGAACUUCUCACCCAAACCGAGCCUGCAGGACACACACUUCUUCCCUCCUUUGUAUGAGCCGGAGCACGGGUACAGCUCGUCCACACCCCCGCUCCCGAGCACAGAGGAGCAGUCACACAGGGCUUCACCCAGUGAGCAGUUCAUCCAUCAGAGAGACUCCAGCAGCCAGAGGAGCCUCCACCUCUGUCCAAGCCUAGACGUGGACGAAGCCUUCUGCUCCAUGGAGAACUCCAUGUCCAGCUCCAUGUCCAGGCUUUACACCCAUGAUGUGCCCUACAGCAUGGAGCUCCCUCCCCACAGCUACAGCAGUGGAGUGGCCAGCUGCAGCCUGGGCCACAAUGACUUCUCCCUGUCAGGGUCAUACAGCGGGAACACCCACAGGCCCUGUCUGAGCGGAGGUUGUUACCACCCUCAUCAAAGCUGCUCGCUGACCUGCAUGCAUCCUGUGUGCAGCCAGUACAGCUGGCAUCACCAGCAGACCAGGAUGUCCCCCCACCACCACCAGCAGCAGCAACACACAACAUGGUCCUCCUGCCCAUCUCUGCCUCCACAUAACGGAGAAUGUUCCAGCCAUGUUCCUGAGAAGCAGUACUUCAGGCAGCCCUCCAACAGACAGACUCACACCGUGCCCAGAGACCCAUGGGGGCAGGGCAGCCUUCCUGAUGCCCAGGUCAACGGCCGGGACAAGAGUCCAUGCAGCAAGCAGAGGAAGGCCCUGAGGAGCCAGCUGAGCACCCUCUUCCCCCAGAGCACAGUGGAGCAGGUCAUGAAUGCUUACCCAGAAAUCUCAGACAUGUCCGAACUGAUUCCUCUCAUCCAGAGCUACAGGACCAGCCACUUCUCCCUCUGAGAUACAGAGACUGUUGUUUUUUUACUGAAAUUGAGCCCACGUUGAAUUUUGUCAUCUCACAAGCAAAGUGAAAACAAAGAGUGUUUUACUCUUCUUAAAGUGACUGUGAAUUUAUAUUAUUAGAAUUUAUACUCCUCCCUGAACAAACUUCCCCUUUAUUCAAAGCAUUAAGAAUGGAAGUCGUGAAAUUGUAGCAGACAGAAUACAUUUUCUUUAUCCCUGUGUACAAGUGCAAUGCACUAAGCUCCAUACAUGCUACGUAUUGUAGCCCAGACAAAUGUUGGAUUAAAGCAGCAUGUGUUGUUGUUCUCAUGUUGCCUCAAAGUGAGGAAUGCUAUAUUCUGUACUUCUGUAAAGAAUGUCAUCCACCUGUGCCGGGUUUUUUGUGCCUGUGAAAUAAAAGCACUAAAUCACUUGGGAUGUGAAACAGUCA